CCCGGCGCGGCAGGGAGAUAGUCCCCUCCCUUGAACUGCAAAGUCAGGUUGAGGAGGGCAAAGUCAUUGUGAAGCCCCGGGUUGCAUUGCAUUGCAUUGCAUUGCAAUGAAGCGGUCUGCAGGCAGUCUGAGCCCAGACAGGGGCAGUUUCACUGUGAACAGCAACAUGCAGAAUGUCACAGUGCAGACAGAAUUGUACAGGAUGGGCGAUGACCUCGACACGGUGACCCUCCCGGAAGACCACAGGCUGCCUCCGAUCCAGCGUUCUGCCAACGAAUCAUCACCGGCGAGACAAAGCGGGGUGGCUCCAGGUUUUGCAGCUGCAGCAAUCUUCAUCAGCUUUCUUCUGGCAUUAUACGCUGUUCUGUGGAAAUGCAUGAGCUCCAAAGUGAGAAG